GCGAACAAGAAGUCUACCAUGUCAUGAAAGAAUUCCAACAUUCGUUUUUGCAUAUGCAAGGAUAAGAAUACUGUUUUUGUUAUUGAACCACGUGAAAAGUAGACCCUUCAGCUUCGGAAUUAGCUGGUGUAUGAAAGUGAUGCCGAUGGAUUCCUUAGUGCCAGUUCAGAGCAACGGACCAGGCUCCAGAAUGUGUUGUUCUAUUUCCUGGGCAUCGUUCUUUUCGUUUCUACUAUGCUACAGCGGUGCUGGGCUUUUUGCAAACGCGAAUCCGAAUGUUGUCGCUCCUGUAAAAGCCGGCUCAACAUCUGCUGUCCCAAGUUCUACUGCGCAACACGGUAGUACCGACCAUGACAACGUCGUUCGUGUACGGGAUGACCUGCAGGAGCAGUCGGACGAACCUCCUACAUUGUCGACCAGUAAGGACACGCCCGGGCGGGACCACCACCACGUCGAAACCAGAUCGGAGGAUAAACUCACCGCCGGGGAGGUGGAAAAGGUGCAAGUAGAAAAUGCGAACAAGGAGCUGCCCAUCGGGAGCAAGAAUCUCUCUCGCCGGGAGCAUCAAACCACUAAGAGUACUAGCUCUCGUCCAGCCCAGCAUGCUGGUGCUCCAGCACCUGAGGCUGAGCAGCACCACAACAAUCCAGGUGAUGGUGUUGAAGAUGUCGAGGAAGGGGAGGCGGAAGCGCCCGCCUUCGCUGCUGAACGUGCUGCCGAAAAAGAAGCAGCUCCCGCAAAGAAGACAAAAAUGUUCCGUGCGGGUGACGAUGACGAAGGCGACGAGGAGGACGCCAAUGAAGAAUGGGAGCAGACGGCAACUUCUACCGGGACAGGAUCUGGAAAUCAAAAUGCUGAUAGUUCAACUUCGGACCAGCAGGGUGAUGAUGAGUUUAAUGUGCAGUAUCCCCCGGCUCCGCCGCUGGACGAUGGAACGGGGAAGAACAUCACCAAUCUCCUGGACGAACAGAAGCUAUCCUGUGCAAAACUAUCGUACUCGUAUUGCAGUCAUGCAUUACAAAUCUUUUUCUUAAGGAAAAUCCGCAUUACAGUUACAGAUUUUACUCUCAUGCUGAGAAAUUCAAAUUUGUAAUGCAUUUAUACGAGUACGAUAUUCAUACAUUUGCAGUUCAUAGAAGCUGAAGAUUAACAAGCGGCAAAACGGCGAGAAGGUGGAGUACGUCGUCGACAUGCUGAUCCCAAACUCGGACUUCGGGCUGAAAAAGGGCGAGACGCUUUUUGAUUUCGGUGCGGGUCGUCGUGUAGUCCCCUCCAAUGUGCUGGACGCAAAGGCGACGGCGGCUUCGAUGCUGACGAACAUGCUGUUCAAGGAGCAGCCGAACGGGGAGGUGAAGUGCGAGUUCUGCGACGCAGCCUAUCAGAUGGGAAAGGACUUGCACGCCCAGGAAAUGCUGGCCAAAAAGGAACAACAACUGAGCGGAGAAGAAGGCGCUACUGUAGCUAGUAGUACUACGCCCGACGGAACAGCGCUCCCCGGCAAAAGCGCUAUGUCGAAGAAAGUUCUCAAGGAGCUCGUGCACGCCGCAUAUGGGCGGGUGCGGGAGGAGGUGAAGCAACGGAAGCAGGCGGACGACGAGAUCAAGAAAAUGGCACGGCUGUACCUGAGCCAGAUUUUCUUCCCAAACGCACACGUGAACAAAGAAACAGGCGGCGGAGCGGACCCGACCAGCAAGGCGCUCGCCGAAGCGAUGCUGUCCGACGCGCUGGGCAACCAGGAGGGGAUAUCAUACAGCAAAAAGCAGGCAGGGCACAUUGGCAAACGCAAAAGAAAUAAAUAAUUUAACAGAAUCAGAAGUGAAAUUGAAAAAAAGUGAGUCUGUCAUUGGCGAGCUGAAAGCAUGCUAUUUGGGAUACGCAGUGCAGAUUUUCCUGCUUUUUUCUGUGGGAUAAACGGACUCGCAGUACCUGGCGUUCGACUGGUUUAACCGGAUUAUCUACGAGAAGGUGGAUGGCAUGAAGCACGCUUCGCUCUGGGACCGGGACAACAAAAUCGAGAAAAUGCGCACCGAGGUCGCGGAUCUGUUUUUGGGGAACAACGUGUUUAACCUCAACAGCGACAAGGCGGACGAGGUCACCGACGCAAUCAAGCAGCUGGGCGACCGCGCGCAUCGCCUGAUGCUGUGGCUCAAUCGCGAAAACAUCUCGGUGCAGCAGCUCGGGGUGGCAAUGCUGAAUUGUAUCCAGAAGGACCGUCGUGCUCGUGCAAGGGCGGGGGAGUGGAAGGUGCAGCACAAGCAUUAUCAUAGUAAGUAUGAUAGUGCAUGCAUAUGUAGUAAAAACUCCACUUAAAUUUAUCUGAUUUGUGCUGGCUUGCUCAAGGAAGUAGGCGGAGUCAAGAAUGAUAUGUCAUACCUAGUUUCAGUCGUACUUACAUGCAGCUCAUAGUCAUAGUGAUAGAUACUGUCUUCAUGAUCUUUAUGUAGUCUAGUGGGCCUGCAUGUUCAUCUUCAUGGAGAUAUAAGGUGAUUGUCUUGAGAACAUUAAAGUUGAAACGCUCGUGCUCGAAGUAGAGGACCGCGAAAAGAAGAAGUAGAUGACCUCGAUUUUGCCCUCGUGUUAGUCAAUUUGUGCCCUUCUUGGAUACUUGUGCAAAAGCAAGGGGACGCUGAUACCUACAAGCUGCUGCACACCUGUCUGAAGAUGUCGGGACAGGAAGUGCAGAACUCCAAGUGGGCGUUGCGGGGCGGGGAGGAAGUGCGGCAGAAGCAGCUGUACGAACUCUACAUGUAUCAAAUGUAAAAAUGUCUGGGUCUGGAAACUUGUGAUGCUGGGUGGCGUCUCAUGAUGAGGCUACAGAUGCUGGCUCAGCAUGACAAGUUUCUGAGCUCCUAGGUGUUGCCUAUUCUACAUGACAGACUGCGCUUCUGCAUCACAGAAAAACGGAGCUCUUGGGUAACGUGCAUGACAGAUUUAAGGGUCAUGCUAGACAAGCAUGACAAACAUGAACUCUUCCAGACCCAGACAUUUUACACUUGAUAACAUGGCCCGCGGCAAGCACGAACUGCUUUCGCAACUGCUCUAUCCUGUGCAAAAGUAUCGUACUCGUAGUAAUUGCAAUCAUGCAUUACAGAUCUUUUUCCCAAGGUAAAACAGCAUGACAAAUUCCAUUCGUCAUGCUAAGCUAAUUUGUCACGCGAUUCAUACUAGUACGAUACUUCUGCAGUUCAUAUGCUCUCUCAGCUCACCGUGCACUGCUUCGGCUCUCUGAACCGCGAAGAGUUCGACAAAUUCAAAGACUACAAGUCGCCGGAGCUGUAUGCAAGCGUCAGGUUUGAAAUCGACAAAGUUGAAAUGAUUUUCCAUGCAUAAAUUGCAUCAAGACAUGAAGCGCGCGCGCCUCUAUUGCAGGGAUGGCAAGCGAGGCCGACUGUCAUCCUGUUUGGGGUCUGCGAUAGAGCUGCUAAAGUAGCAUGACAAAGGACGUUUUCUGUCCCUAAACAGAAUGACAAGCUGGAUGUAAACGGUGCCGAAAUUUGUCAUGCGCCGGCCGCUUGGAAAUUGGGCUUCCAACUGGUAUCGAUUUUAUGCAUUACAAAUUAUUUCGCUUUCGGUUUAGCAUUACAAGUUAUAUUCAACUUUUUCGAUUUCAAUACUGACACUCGACUCCCAUAAGCUGCCGGGGCGGAUCCAACUCACAUUCGAAGCGCUGGAUGAGAUAUCAACUGUAAAAAUGUCUGGGUCUGGAAGAAUCCAACUUGUCAUGCUGAUUUUGGAUUCUAAAAAAAUCUGUAUUGCAUGAGCAGCUGCAAAGAGGGUUCAAGUUUUGCCACACGGAAAGAGCAUUGGUCAUGCGGUAUAGGCAUCAGGAAGCCCUCACAAAAUCUGUGACGCUAGGGCAUGCAUCACAGACAUCAGGAGUCAUGCAAAAUGUGCAUGGUAAACCUGGCAAUCUUCCAGACCCAGACACUUUUACAUUUGAUAUGAGAGCGAACGCGCGGACAAGGUCCGGUCGCUAUGCCAGAAGAAAACUAUGUGAGCGUAAGUCUGUGAUGCAGAAAGUGCAAAACUGUAUACACUUGUCAUGCUGGAUCUGCUUCAUAGGCUACUUUCAUAGGUGUUUCCACGUACUAGCUGCGCAUGAUAGGUUUUCCCUGUAAUGCAAAGCGAAUUUGUGAUGCUGCUCUUCCUACAAACUUACACUUACACAGUUUUUUUCUUGGAUAGUCGCUGCAAACGGAGUACUACUUCAUGAUGCAGAAGAUGGCCAGCAUGAAAGUGCAAGAAUCCGUAUGCGAGUUGUGCAUCCGCCUGUGUCCGCAGGAGACCUCCGCAGAAGUACUGCAUGACUACAACAGAGGUUCUUGUUCUUAAGGACGACUUGUACGUGCAAGUGCAACUACAUGCGAGAGGACUUUUAAGCACUUAGACUUGCCUCCUUCUUCGGCUGCUGAUGGCCAUAAGCGCAUCACUAUCAACAUCUUUCGCGCUACGUUCUUGCCGAUUAGAAGCAAUCUUUUGUGGCUCGUCCACUUUGAUGUUGCUGGAAUUCCUGUCAGAGUGAAAAGCUCCGCAUGUAGCAUCUUGUGUGAGGUCGUUCUUGCAGAUACGGGAGGAUUCACGUGCGUAUUCUUCCCGUCCGGAUUGGGGUGCGUAUAAAACCAAAAACAGCAUUUUCGGUACCAGCGAAGAGGGUUUCUCCUGCUGGGUGCAACAGGUCGUGCAACUGGUCGCCACCAGCCUGUUUCUCGGAUUGUUUGGGUAAGAAAGUACUUUACGUUCUUUUAAGAUCUUCGCUCAGUGAAGAUGUAUCUCGUGUAAGUGUGCAUUUUUGUUUCUGAGGCAACUCGUCAAUGUUGAAGCCGAAGCAAACCACUACUCGACCUAAUAUCCACAGAUUCAUGGCUUGGCAAUGGAACGCGUCGGCUCGCGCACGUCAGAAGGCCGAGUUGAGCAAGAGAAAGGCCAUCGAGGAACGGUAUAAACGGAAGCAGCAGAAAAUGGCAAAAACCGCGGCGUCUGGCACAACCCUGCCAAAUUCUGGACAACAUAAAAAGCACAAGUGA